UUUUCGUGUGUGUUGUGGGAAGACACACCUCGGUAGAUAUUUCUGAACUUUUUGUACACGAUGAAGGGUUACGGACUAUUUUCACCGUUUGCGUCUACAACGGGUUCUAUACUUUUGGCGCCUUGUUACGACGAAAACAGUGGUAUUGGAAGUCCACAUUUAAGUUCUAACGAGAAAGUACUUAAGUUGUUAGGGUUCGAAAUUAAAGAACAAAAAGAAACCACCGGCAACAUAUUCGAUUUGCAUUUCGACUCGAGCAUCAAUUACAAUGCUUUUGGUAAUGACAAUCCUUUCACCAAUCCGAAUGAUGAAUUUGGUGAUUAUGGCCAUUCGAACAGCAGUGUUGGUAUAGGAGUGUUUACUACGUAUCAUUCAGUAGACGCCGGUUGUUUCGACGGGCAUCUGUCGGCCAUAGUAUGGAUGGAAAUGACAGGUGCCCAUGGCAUGAUUGCAAUUGGUACUACGGAGGGUGAUGUGUACCUUUUGGACGGUAACGCAAUUGCGGAAGGCGAUGCAGCCCGUGUGAUAUCUAAAACAAAGGUAUGCAACACGCCGAUUAAACGGUUGAGCUACAACGCUAAAACUAAUAUGUUGGCGGUUGCGAGCGUUGACGGGCAAAUAUCUGUCUGUGAGUUGACAAAUCCUAGUGAACCAAAGGUUAUCGACACUAGUUACGGCAAGUGGCGUGUGGGAUUAGUUACUGGUCUUAGCUGGAACCAUCGUUUGGGGCACAUUUUGGCAACUUCUGGAUCGGCAGUUGGCCCUUCAGGUGCAAUGUCUCCAUCGGACUCUAGUGGUUUGGUUGUAUGGGAUCUCAAAGCUCGCAAACCGGCCUCUAGUUUCCGUGAUCCCUCGGGUCGUACCAAUCCAAUUGCCGUCGAAUGGAUGGCAGAACAAAUGACCCAGCUUGUUGUGGGAUAUGGUGAUGAUAGGUCUCCUGCUUUGCAGCUUUGGGAUUUAAGAAAUUGCUCUGUGCCACUCAAGGAGGUUCGUGGUCACACCAUGGGUCUUACAAGCCUCGCUAUUUGCCCGCAGGAUCCUAAUAUAUUGAUUACCAGCGGACGUGAUGAUCACACAAGAUGCUGGACUCUCGAUGCAACCAAAGGGCCAUUCCACGCAAUAUCCAGUAUGCAGACAGGCGCCCUUAGCCAUCACAAGAGAGUACAGUGGCAUCCACACGUACCUGGAUUGUUCCUAGCACAGAAUACGGACGAUGAUAUUUCUGUCCACAAUGUUAUGUGUAUGACUCAGGAGGAGUCUUACAUGCCUUCUUGGGUGCGUAACACUUCGGGUGUGAUUUCUGGCUUUGCAGCGUCGGUUACAACGUGGAAUGCUGCAGGUGCUAUCAAGGAGUAUACACUUAGCACUAACGUAGAUGAAGAAACUUCGAAAGCACUAGAUGAUUCGCUUCAACUUUUCUGCAAUCUUGCGGAUUCCAAAGACCUUGAAAGUGUUUGCGAGCAACGCAUUAGCUCAGCUGAAAACGAGUUUGAAAGACUUACGUGGAGCAUGAUGCAUGCCAUCCACAAGGGCAAUGCAGAGGCAAUUGUGACUACAUUGGGAUUCAAGAUGCCAGAGCCCCAACUUGAGUCUAACAUAAGUGCUGCCUCUCAACAGAUAGCAAGCGGACAAAUAGGUCAACCUGAUAUAACUGGCUUCAAUGAUCCGUUUAGCAGCACUCCAUUAAACGACGAUGACGGAGAGGCUUUCUUCAACUCACUGAGCAGCAAGACAAACGAGAACUCUGUUGAGUUUGUUGGACAGUCUCCUUCAACGGAGGAAGACACUCUCACCAUUCAAGGCGAACCUAUGCGAAUUGUGGAACCAUCUUCUUACCUCAAUUGGGGUGAGGACGAUUUGUGUUCUAAGGUAGUGGUUGGUGACUUUGAGGGCGCUGCUAGCUUGUGUUUGGAGCGGGGUAGAACAACUGAAGCUUUAUUCUUGGCAUAUGUGGGAGGCAUUGAUUUGUGGCUUAAGGUGGCAGCCGAUAUUACUAACAAAAUGGACAAUCCAUUACUGCGCACUCUCCACCUUAUCAUGAAGGAUGAGACCCACAUGAUUGUAGAGCAGUGCCCGCUUGAUAGGUGGCGCGAGGCUCUGGUCUAUAUAAUAACCAACUCCAUGGACGUGCAUGAAACAUAUAGUGAGUUGUGUCGCAUUCUUGGCAACCGUCUGUACACAUCUUUCCAGCAGGGCAACCGGGAACACGUGCUACCAGCGUCUAUUUUGUUCAUGUGCAGUGGUGACGUCUCACGUGUUCUCGAAUGCUGGGAACAUUUAGAGAAAGGAAAGAACGCACUUCAUAUUCUUGGUGAAAGUGUUAUAAGGACUACUGCAUUAUCCUUGUCGAUACCGGGUAACACUUCGACUGAUUGUGUGGGUCGCAAGGCUGUUAUGCUUGCUGAAACGUUUGUCGAAUUUGGCGAUCUCAACAAGGCAGUUCAGUGUUUGUCCUUACCUUUGAUAUCUGGAUGUCCACAGGUCAUUUCCCUUCUGGGACGCAUCAAGGGAAUGGGUAGCUAUGUCCCCCCUGAUCAGCCUGUUGCGAAUAUUCACCGUCAGAUUCCAUCGUCUCCUGCCCAACCUGCACCUCGUACUACUGGAGAUUAUAAAACUGCACCUGGUGCCGUCGCUGGUGCUAUGUACCCUGGUAUGCCAGUUCCAUGGCCCUUGCCCACUGCAACUCAGCAGAAGGUUUCCAGGACACGCAGCACUGAGGAUGCUAAUCGUAAAAUAAUAGCGAAAUCUGCUGCUGCACUGCCACAACAAGAACGCAUGAAACCUGCUGAUCUUGAAUUCGCGACCAAAGUAUUAGGUAGCUUAAUUUCACAAGCUGACACCACACGUGCCGCCCAGGACAACCGUCGACGAAUCGCAGAACUCAUGUCAUCUCUAGAAAAUGGAGAACAAAGCGUUGAGGCAAACAAUCUCAUAUUAACAAUGUGUCGAGCUAUUCAUUCAGGGGAUCAUGUUAAUGCGAAUAUCAUUCUCUCUACUAUCAGCACUAAGCUAUGGAACACAGCGAAUAAAAAUUGGAUCAUGUGCUUGAAACGCAUCGUGCCAAGGUAGUUAUAAUACACCAAUAAGGUUAUCGUUUUUAACAGACUCGUUAUGUCUUAACUUACUGUUUUAUACAAAGUUUAAAAUAUAAAUAAUGUACCCAAGUU